ACACACACACACACCACAAUGUCUGCUUUCAGAUUUCCCUUCCCCAUACUGCUGCUGUCUUCAGUCCAGUAUGUACAGACGACUGCUCUCUCUUUGGGUGACCGGGGCUCUGCUGAUGCCCUUGUGCUGGGCCAACGAAGAGGACCACAAGGAUGAAUAUGAAGAUAUUUCUCCCACGCCAGACUAUGACUUUACAGCCACCUUCGAUUACGGAUUUCACAGUAAGACAGCCAACGAAGUGGACCACAAGGAUGAAUAUGAAGAUAGUUCUCCCACGCCAGACUAUGACUAUUUAGCCACCUACGAUUACGAUAAUUCCAGCAACGAGAUUGACUAUAACAAAUAUGCAGUUCUUGGAAUCGAAAAUAAGGCUUUUGGGAUUGGCUCCUCAUUCUCAGUGCUUCUCCUUGGAUUGGCUGCCAACCAACUCUAUCAGUUAUUGUAAACGAGACCACUGAAUAAGACCACUGCAGAACAAAUACAGACACUCAGAUCCCCGAACUAAGAGAGUUAAACAAUCUACGGAAUUUGACAUUACAGAUGAAAUGGACAGAGUAUCAGACAUUUCAGCAAUUACAUUUUCUGAUACAGUUGAAAGGAAUCAUAUUGGAUCAUACUUGUGAAACAAACUUGUAAAUUUACAAAUAAAUGUAAAAACAAUUGACCACUA